AAAAUUGGGACAAUAGUAGUACACAACUUGGAGAACAAGGACUUCCAAAUUAGAAACACAAAGCUUUGUUCUUGUUUUUUCUUGGAACUCACACAAUUACCUUUACAAGUAAUACACACUAUAUAUACUCAUAGCCAAACACAACCAACUCCUAAAAAACAAGAAAGGUUUUGAUCUAAAAAAUUAUGAUGAUGGGAAAUAUGUUUGGUUCAAGCUUGGCGAGUUUGUUCUUCUUGUGGGCAACUAUUCAACAAAUCUUCCCUAACCACCUCAAGAUCGCCAUUAAGGAGAUUUUUCUCUCUACAAUCCAACAACUCUCUUUUUUCCAGAGAUUUUCGGACAGAUUCAUUAACUUUUUCUCUCCUUAUGUUGAAAUCAACUUCUCUGAAUACGAAGAUUAUCGAAUUAAUCACGCUUUCGACCCCAUCGAGACUUACCUUGGGGCAAAAGCAACUGAUAAAGCCAAGCAUCUAAGAGCAAGCCAGGUUAGAGAGAGUAAGGGCUUGGUUUUGAAACGAGACGAGACUAAAGUCCGAGAUGAGUAUGAAGGAAUUCGUGUCUGGUGGGAGACUGAGACUGAUUCCAUAGGAUUUAAAACAUUGAAGCUCACUUUCCAUAGACGCUCGCGAGAUAUUGUAACCGAAUCUUACAUAAAAUAUGUUAUUGAAGAAGGCAAAUCUAUUGAAGCCAAGAACAAGAAGAUGAAGUUGUUCACAAAUAAUCCGAGUUCUCAUUGGGGAUCCAGCAAGACUAGUCUAUGGAGAUAUAUUGACUUUGAGCAUCCUGCGAAUUUUGAGACAUUAGCUAUGGAUCCGAAGAAGAAAGAGCAGAUCUUGAAUGAUCUUGCUGCGUUUGGCAACGGUAAAGAUUAUUACAAGAAGAUUGGGAAAGCUUGGAAGAGGGGUUACUUGCUCUAUGGACCACCGGGGACCGGUAAAUCGACAAUGAUAGCUGCAAUGGCGAAUCUUUUGAACUAUAGUAUCUACGAUAUCGAACUCACGGCUAUACAGACCAACUCAGAGCUGAAGAAACUACUCACUGCUACUUCUAAUAAGUCGAUUAUCGUGUUUGAAGACAUUGAUUGCUCGUUGGAUUUUACAGGCAAAAGAAAGAAGAAAGAGAGCAACUUGAUGAUCUGGAGAGAAGACGGAGAACAAGGCAAUGAAGAAAACAAGAGUUCCGUAACACUCUCUGGGCUUUUGAACUUUAUUGACGGGAUCUGGUCUGCUUGUGGACAAGAGCGGAUCAUUGUCUUCACGACGAAUCACUUGGCAAAACUUGACCCGGCUUUAAUCAGGAGUGGGAGAAUGGAUAUGCAUAUUGAGUUGUCCUACUGUACUUUCGAGGCGUUCAAGAUUCUAGCAAAGAACUAUCUGGAUAUUGAUUCUCAUCCCCUGUUCAAAACGAUCGAGUCUUUGCUGAAGGACACGGAAAUCGCGCCAGCUGAUGUUGCUGAGAACUUGAUGAAGAAGAAUCGUGAAAUAGAUGCUGAGGGAUCUCUUAAAGAUCUGAUUCAGUCUCUAAAGAGGAGGAAGAAGGUUCAGAGAGCUCAACUAGAUGGACACAACAAAUAUAGUAACAAGAUAGUUAAAGCAUUUCACAUGUUAUUUUAAGCCCUUAAUUAUGCGUACGUAGCUGUUUCCUAAUAUACCCUUAAUAACAAUCUCUAAUACAUAUUAACACCACAAAUAAUAAGAAAACAAAGAAACCUCUUUUUUCUCUAAUCCAAAUCAAAGAAACUAAAAAAGGGUUCCAAAGUACCUGAAAUUUGUUCGCAUGAAUGAUCUUCAAUCCAAUCGUUGAAUGUAAAAUCGCGGUCCUGGCCAUCGACAGAUCCCUGUUUCAG